UGCCGCCACAAUCAUUCUUGCCCCAUUUAAUUAAUUAAUCAGUCUGCAAUUUCAUUUCUUUUUUUGCCUUCGUCUCUGGCUCCGGCGGCCAAGAACCGAGCUUGUACACCUCGCCGCCGCCGACCGGAAAUGCUCGCCGCUCCGGCCGAGUGCAGAGGUCAUAGAGGGGCCCUACCAUGCCUCUCCUUGGGGUGUGUGUGUGGUGUGACUGUCGUGGUCAAGGAGGGUUAGGCAGGCGACGAAUUCGCUCGGGGCUCGAGAAGCCUUAGCGUGCCGGAAUUUCCUUCCCUUCUCUCUCCGCAUUUUUCUUCUUGCUCGAUCCAUGUGGAAAAUUAACUUACUCGAGUAGACUUGCGUAGUCUUCUUCUUCUUCCAGCGGUUCACUGACUUCCUCGCUCGGUUCGGCUUGGUUCGCUUUUGCCUUUUUUCUUUCCAACGAAAAGUUUGGCACUGUAGUGAGAUGCUGUGUUACAAUGAUGUUGUUCAGAGCGUGGAGGAGCUGAAGCAGAGCCUGCUGGCGGCGACGGUGGAGCUGGAGGCGUCCAAGGAGGAGCUGCGGCGGAAGGAGCAGACCAUCGCCAAGCUCGCCGACCUCGUGCGCCAGGUGGCCAAGGAGCGCGACGAGGCGCGGGACCAGGCGCAGCCGCUCGCGCUGCUCGCCAAGCAGGCGCCGGCGCCGGCGCAUGCCACGCCGCAGCCGCCCGCGAUGGUCACCUCCAGUGUCACCGACUCGGACUGCAGCCUCGUCUCGUCCCCCGUGGACCCCUUCUUCGACCCCGUCACCUCCUCCGACCGUCGCCGCUGCGGCGGCAAACUUAGCCCACCCCCGCCGGUGAAGCAGCAGCAGUUUGGCGCGGACGCUGUGCUCGACAUGCUCGCGGGGAAGAGGCCGCUGCCGCCGCGUGGCCGGCUCCUGCAGUCCGUCAUGGAGGCCGGGCCGCUGCUGCAGAACCUGCUCGUCGCCGGCCCGCUCCCGCGGUGGCGCAACCCGCCCCCCGUGCACGCGCUCGACGCGGUUCCCGUCGGCGGCGUCCGCGGCGGAGUCUACGUCGGCGCGACACCCCUUCAUCCCACCAACGCCGCCUCUGUGCUGGGCUACGGCCCCAACGCCAACGCCUGCAUGAAGCGGCAGAUGCCCACCAUGGCCAUGGCCGCCGCCAACUGCUCGCCGGGCUUCGUCGCCAAGCGGCACAGGCUGCAUUGA